AUGCUAUCUUCUCGCGCCCUCAAAAAUAUCGAUGAAUCGGGGCGCCCAUGGCGAUUUACCCCCACGCCAACAUAUGACCCAGAUACGAAUCCCACCGGCCUGAUAUCCUUCGGGCUGGCAGAGAACAUCACCUUCAAUCUAGACUCAAUAAGCUAUCGCUCCAGCGCAGCUACCACCACCCAGCUACCAGCCAUUGCAGCAGAGCAUCUGGACAAAGUGCUGAAGACACACAAGCCAAUUCAGCCCGACCAUGUCUUUGUUGCGGACUCCGCUAGCUCCCUAGGAAAUUUGCUAGGGUACAAUUUGGCCGAACGAGGCGAAGCUAUCCUUGUCAAUCGACCUGUAUACGGUCGCUUCGAGCUAGAUUAUGGAGUCGAAGCUGGCGUUGAGAUUGUCUACGCUAAUACAACCACUGAAGAAGCAUUUACCCCGGAUGCUGUACAGAAAUUUGAAGAAGCUCUAAAGAGGUCGGAGGAACGGGGCGUGAAGAUUCGCGCAGUGCUUCUGGUUAACCCGCACAAUCCUGUUGGUGAGGCUUCCCACCUUGACCAUAUUGAUCAAAUUUCUUUCAAAAGCACCGAGGCUAAUAUGGCUGGAUGUAUAGGACGCUGCUACCCUGUUGACACUCUUUGCCAAAUUGCCCGCUUCUGUAACGAGCAUAAGCUCCAUUUCAUUUGUGAUGAAAUGUAUGCGUCGUGUGUAUUUGAUUCAGGUGACCCAGAAGCUAUACCUUUUACUUCAAUAUUAUCUCUGGACUUCGAAAAGUUGAUUGAUCCUGCCCUGGUUCAUGUCUUAUAUGGAUUCAGCAAGGUAGGCCAUUUUUGCAUUUUCCAAGCCCAUGCUCCUGCGGAAUGA